AUGUUGCUAGCUGAGGGAAAUCAGAGUUCUGAAGUCACCUUCAUCCUCUUGGGCUUCUCAGAAUAUCCAGACCUCCAGGUGCCCCUGUUCCUGACAGAACCAUCCUUUAUGGGAUGCAUCAUGCAAUUCUUCUUGGCUUCCAUAUUUGCAGUGGCAGAAACAUUCAUGUUGGCAGUGAUGGCCUAUGACAGGUUUGUGGCUGUUUGUAACCCUCUCCUCUACACAGUUGUCAUGUCCCCAAAACUCUGUGUGUCAUUAGUGUCUGGGCCCUACGCAUGGGGCAUAGACUCCUCCCUGACACUCACCUGUUUCCUCUUGGCCUUAUCCUUCUGUGGGUCUAACAUCAUGAAUAAUUUUGUCUGUGAGCACUCAGUCAUUGUCUCUGUCCUGUGCUCUGACCCCUACAUCAGCCAGCUGCUUUGUUUUGUCAUCACCAUAUUCAAUGAAGUGAGCAGCCUGGUAAUUGUUCCCACUACUUAUAGUUUUAUCUUUGACGCUGUCAUGAAAAUGCCUUCUGCUGGUGGGUGCCAUAAAGAUUUCUCUACCUGUGCCUCCCACCAGAGCAUCAUCACCAUUUUCCAUGGGACCAUCCUGUUCCUCUAUUGUGUCCCCCACUCCAAAAACUCAUGGCUUACGGUCAAAGUAGGUUCUGUAUUUUAUACGGUGGUCAUUCCCAUGCUCAACCCUUUGAUCUACAGCCUCAGGAACAAAGAUGUCGAAGACACAGUGAGGAAGUUAAUGAAUCACCCAGCAAAAUUUUGA